AUGUCCGACGCCGACUUCAAGCGCGUUCGUGAAGCCCAGGCUGAGCGCAAUGCAAGUGGAAAGAAGUCUGGCAAAGGCGGCGCAAAUGGCCAGCGACAAAACGAAUCCAAGGUCUCCCUCACGGAUGCUAUGGAUACAGACCUGUACAGCAAGGAUUCCGGAGACAAGUUCGCUGGGUACAACACGUCUAUCGCUGCGGGGGAUGAUGAAAUGAUGGCAGAUGCGGAUGAAGAUGACGAGCAGGACGGGCGAUUGGUGGGUCAGUACACGGCUACGGCUGCGCAGAUAGGGGAGUGGGCGACUGGAGAUACAGCAGAAGAUGACAUCUUGGAGUCGCGAGAGAAGAAGGCACAGAUCGCGAGUCGAGAGACGGACUACCAAAAGCGGAGGUUCAAGCGCGGAUUCGAGGAUGGAGAGGCGAAGUCGUACAAGGAGACUAUGCAGGAGAGGGAGAUGGAACGAGAAGAGGAGCGGGUGCGAAGACUGAUUGAAGAGCAAGACAAGGAGAAGAUUGCGAGAGGUGACGAUGACGACGAGAUGGAUGGCGUGGUGGAACAUCAGGCUACACUUAAGGAUGGCACGCCCGAACGAGACGUCAAGAAAGUAGAGAACGGAGAUGGCGAGAAUGGUGCUACAGAGGCAAAGCCGAGGGUGAGGAAAAGGAGAUGGGAUACUUCAGCUGAAGAUGCGGCUACUGCUGAAGAAGGUGCAGCGGACACAAAUGGAAGCACUACGAACGGCGGCACAGUAGCCAAGAAAUCACGGUGGGACACUACUGCUGCUCCAAACGGCGAUGCUGCAGCAACGAAAAAGCGCUCGAAGUGGGACGUCGCAGCAGCAGCAGGCAGUGCCACACCAGCUGUCGGCCCGGUACCUGGUCAGGCCAUGUCUAGCUUCGGUACCGACAUCUCGAGUCGCAACGCUCCGCUAUCAGACGAAGAGUUGGACGAAAUGCUGCCCUCGGAGGGCUUCAAGAUCCUGGAGCCACCACCAGGUUACGAGCCUACCCGUGCCCCAGCACGGCGUCUUGCGCCUGCAGCCACACCCGCCAAUACUGGGGGAUUCAUGAUGCAGGAGUCUGUCGAUCCGCGGUCAAUGGGCAAACAGCUACCAUCCGACAUCCCAGGCGUAGGCGAUCUUCAAUUCUUCAAGGCCGAGGAUAUGGCCUACUUUGGCAAACUCGUGGACGGCGCAGACGAGAAUGAGCUUAGCGUGGAAGAGCUCAAACAGCGAAAGAUCAUGCGAUUACUACUGAAAGUAAAGAACGGCACACCACCAAUGCGAAAGACCGCCCUCCGCCAAAUCACAGACAAUGCUCGGCACUUCGGUGCCGGAGCACUCUUCGACCAGAUCCUGCCACUCCUCAUGGAGAAGUCACUCGAAGACCAAGAACGCCAUCUUCUAGUCAAGGUUAUUGACCGUGUUCUAUACAAGUUGGACGACCUCGUACGACCUUACGUGCACAAAAUUCUCGUGGUCAUCGAACCACUUCUCAUCGAUCAGGAUUACUACGCCCGUGUUGAAGGCCGAGAAAUCAUCAGCAAUCUGGCCAAGGCUGCUGGCCUGGCACACAUGAUUAGUACGAUGAGACCUGAUAUCGAUCAUGUUGACGAGUAUGUGCGGAACACCACUGCUCGAGCUUUCGCCGUGGUGGCUAGUGCACUUGGCAUACCAACGCUGUUGCCUUUCCUGAAGGCCGUGUGCAAGAGUAAGAAGUCAUGGCAAGCUAGGCAUACGGGUGUCAAGAUCGUGCAGCAGAUUCCAAUCCUUAUGGGUUGUGCGGUUCUGCCGCAUCUGAAGGGUCUGGUCGACUGUAUUGCCGAGAACCUCAAUGACGAGCAGGCGAAGGUCCGGACUGUCACGUCUCUGGCUCUUGCUGCGCUGGCUGAAGCUUCGAAUCCUUUCGGUAUUGAGUCUUUCGACGAUAUUCUAAACCCUCUGUGGACAGGCGCCCGGAAGCAACGUGGCAAGGGUCUUGCAGGUUUCUUGAAGGCUGUUGGGUAUAUCAUCCCUCUCAUGGACGAGGAAUACUCGAAUUACUACACUGGACAGAUCAUGGAGAUUCUGCUUCGAGAGUUUGCUUCCCCCGAUGAGGAGAUGAAGAAAGUUGUGCUCAAGGUCAUUUCACAAUGUGCUGGCACUAGUGGUGUCACUGCACAAUAUCUAAAAGAGAAGGUGCUGAACGAUUUCUUCAAGAGUUUCUGGGUGAGGCGCAUGGCUCUGGAUAAGAGGAAUUACAAGCAAGUUGUGGAGACCACCGUGGAUCUGGGCAACAAGGUCGGCGUCGGCGAGAUCGUGGAGCGUGUUGUCAACAACCUCAAGGACGAGAGUGAGUCGUACCGUAAGAUGACUGUAGAGACGAUUGAGAAGGUCAUCUCUGCUAUGGGUGCAGCAGAUAUCAACGAGCGACUUGAGGAGCGAUUAGUCGAUGGUAUAUUGCACGCUUUGCAGGAACAGAGUGUGGAAGACGUCGUGCUACUGAACGGCUUCGGCACAGUAGUCAAUGCUCUCGGCGUACGUUGCAAACCAUAUCUCCCUCAGAUCGUCAGUACCAUCCUCUGGCGGCUGAACAACAAAUCCGCAACUGUGCGCCAGCAAGCCGCAGACCUGAUCACCCGCAUCGCAAUCGUCAUGAAGCAAUGUGGUGAAGACGGCUUGAUGGGUAAACUCAGCACAGUCCUCUACGAAUACUUAGGAGAAGAAUAUCCCGAAGUCCUCGGCUCGAUCCUGGGCGCUAUGCGCAGUAUCGUCACGGUGGUAGGAAUCGCCAGCAUGCAACCACCCAUCAAAGACCUUCUACCUCGCCUCACACCUAUCCUGCGCAAUCGGCACGAGAAAGUGCAGGAAAACACCAUCGACCUCGUAGGCCGUAUUGCGGAUCGUGGGCCCGAGUCAGUCAACGCGCGAGAAUGGAUGCGGAUCUGCUUCGAACUCCUCGACAUGCUAAAGGCGCAUAAGAAGGGUAUCCGUCGCGCGGCAAACAACACCUUCGGCUUCAUCGCCAAAGCCAUUGGGCCUCAAGACGUCCUCGCCACUCUGCUCAACAACCUCCGAGUCCAAGAACGCCAAAGUCGUGUCUGUACCGCCGUCGCCAUUGGCAUCGUUGCAGAAACCUGCGCCCCGUUCACCGUCCUCCCGGCUCUGAUGAACGAGUACCGCGUCCCUGAACUCAAUGUCCAGAAUGGUGUCCUCAAAUCCCUCAGCUUUUUGUUCGAAUACAUUGGUGAGAUGGCGAAAGAUUAUGUCUACGCCGUCACGCCACUCAUCGAAGACGCCCUUGUCGACCGCGACCAAGUCCAUCGCCAAACCGCUGCCUCGGUGGUGAAGCAUAUCGCUCUCGGCGUCGUCGGCUUGGGCUGCGAAGACGCUAUGCUCCAUCUCCUCAACCUCCUGUACCCGAAUAUUUUCGAGACUAGUCCACAUGUCAUUGAUAGGGUCAUCGAGGCUAUUGAUGCGGUAAGAGUGGCUGUGGGAACGGGCGCGGUGAUGAAUUAUGUCUGGGCUGGGUUGUUCCAUCCGGCGCGCAAGGUCAGGGUGCCGUAUUGGAGGUUGUAUAACGAGGCUUAUGUGCAGAGUGCGGAUGCUAUGGUGCCUUAUUAUCCGGUUGUGGAGGAAGAUGUGGCGGCUAUGGUUGGGAGGGUGGAGUUGGGAGUGAUGAUAUGA